UGGACAAACGAUCAGGGAAUCCAGCUGGAAGUAACGGAUGCGGAGCUGGAGGUAAAGACAGAGUCUGAUGUUGUGAUGGAGGGAGACUUUAUUAUGUUUGUCUGCGGUUCAUGCAUCCCCUCCAUGACUGUACCAACCUACACUUGGAUGAAAGAUGGGCAACUGCACAGUCAACAUCAUGGGGACAACAUACUUGUUUUGGAGUCUGUCGAGCCGAAGAAUGGAGGCCGAUAUUCCUGCACCAUAAGCGGUCAUGAGGGACUCAACUCCACAUCUACUGAAAUCACUGUUACACCUGGAUAUCCUCCAAAGAGUGUCUCAGUGUCCAUCAGUCCGUCUGGUGAAAUAAUGGAGGGAGGUUCAGUGACUCUAAACUGCAAUAGUGAUGCAAAACCACCUGCAGAAAUCAGCUGGAUUAAGAAAGAAAAUGCUGUAGAAUCUGGAAGAAUCUACAGCAUCUCAAAGAUCAGCUCUGAUCACACUGGAGAAUACAAGUGCAGAUCCAGAAAUAAAUAUGGAGAGAAAGACUCUGAUGCUGUGAUGCUGAAUGUGAUGUAUGCUCCAAGAAAUGUUGUGGUGAUAGUUAAUUCAUCUGGUGUAAUAGUGGAGGGAGAUUCAGUGACUCUGAUCUGCAGCAGUGACUCAAACCCUCCUGCUCUGAACUUCAGCUGGUUUAAGGAGAAUCAAAGCUCAGCUGUUGGAUCUGGACAGAGUUUCAUCAUCUCCAGCUUUAACUCCAGUCACAGAGGACGCUACUAUUGUGAGGCUCAGAAUAAACAUGGAUCUCAGAGAUCAGCAUCUGUUUCAGUCUCUGUUAAAGAAAGCAGCUCAUCUCUGAUCAGGGUCACAGUGGGAAUCUCUGCAGCUGUUGUCUUGACGUCUGUGAUUCUGGUGUUUAUCAUCGGGCUGUUGAUCAGAAGGAAGCGAGUGACUCCAUCAGAAGAGCAGAAGCACAGAGGAUCAGGACACAAGACGCUGGAGUCUCCUGAGGAUGCUUACAUGAGCCUUGAGCCCAAGUCCAGAUGUUCUGAAUACGACACACUGGAUAAUAUGAAGAGAUCCUGUGAGAACACAGACCACCCUGAAGCUCAGGAUCCUAUAUAUCAUAACACUGUUCAAAACUGACAACUGAUUUU